AACCCCCCCCUCUCUUCGCUUCCUUUGGCGUCCGUAGAUACCCAUUGUUUAUUACGAGCCAUUUUUCUCACUUUCUCUUUGUCUUGCUCACUUUUUUGUUUUCUGCUGAAUUGUUCAAUCCUGAUAGGUUUCUUUUCCGUGGACCUUUUCCUUCCCCUCUUGCGUAGCUUGGUUUGCUCGCUCAUCUUCCAAGUUUCACUCACUCGCUUUGUGAUCCAAACUCCAAACCCAACAAGAUUCGAGAUUCAGAGAGUUCUAUGUUGAAUAGAUGCAAUCUUGUUCAAUCAUGAUUUGAGUUUGCUCAGCUCUACUUCACUUUCCCCACUUGUUAGUUCAUCCAAGUUUUUGAUCAUCGAUCUAUAUAUAGUAAAACUUACACGGGUUUGACUCCAGUAUCUAUAUAUAUAUAUAUAUAUAUAUAGAGAGAGAGAGAGAGAGAGAGAGAGAGAGAGAGAGAGAGAGAGAGAGAGAGAGAGAGAGAGAGAGAGAGAGAGAGAGAGAGAGAGAGAGAGAGAGAGAGAGAGAGAGAGAGAGAGAGAUAGAUCUUAUGCAUUUUGAUAGUGCGGGAGCUUAGAUCUUAUUGGUAUUGAGCAAGUGUUGUUUGGGAGGAGGAACGAACUAAGUGUUGGUUGAUAUGGGGAAUACUUGUGUUGGACCCAGCAUUUCUAAGAAUGGCUUCUUCCAAUCAGUUUCGGCUGCAAUGUGGCGAACCCCUUUGCCUGAUGACUCUCUUCAUACUAGUGGAGGAGAAACUGCCAAUGAGCAGCAGCCCAGGGAACCCGAGUCGCCUCUUCCGGUACAAGACAAGCCCCCGCAACAAGUGAUGACCAUACCAAAACCUGAAACUGAGCCGAAACAACCCUCCAAACCCAGGAAGCCGCCGCAGAUGAAGAGGGUCCCUAGUGCAGGGCUUCGUGCUGGUUCAGUGUUGCAAACAAAGACGGGAAAAAUAAAGGAGUUUUAUAGUUUUGGGAGGAAAUUGGGACAGGGGCAGUUUGGGGUAACAACUCUGUGCGUGGAGAAGGCCACAGGGAAAGAGUAUGCGUGCAAGUCGAUUGCAAAAAGGAAGUUGAUAACUGACGAUGAUGUGGAGGAUGUGAGGAGGGAGAUUCAGAUAAUGCAUCAUCUGGCAGGCCACCCUAAUGUUAUAUCUAUAAAGGGUGCUUAUGAGGAUGCUGUUGCAGUUCAUGUAGUUAUGGAAUUAUGUGCAGGAGGUGAGCUCUUUGAUAGGAUUAUCCAGCGUGGCCAUUAUACAGAAAGAAAGGCAGCUGAGCUCACUAGGACUAUAGUCGGAGUUGUAGAAGCUUGCCAUUCAUUAGGAGUUAUGCAUCGAGACCUUAAGCCCGAGAAUUUUCUCUUUGUCAGUCAGGAGGAGGAUGCACUUCUUAAAACUAUUGAUUUUGGAUUAUCUAUUUUCCUGAAGCCAGGAGAAAAGUUUACUGAUGUGGUUGGGAGCCCAUAUUAUGUCGCUCCAGAAGUCUUACGAAAGCGUUAUGGUCCAGAAGCAGAUGUUUGGAGCGCUGGAGUGAUUCUUUAUAUUUUAUUAAGUGGGGUACCUCCAUUUUGGGCUGAAACGGAGCAGGGAAUAUUUGAUCAGGUCUUGCAUGGUGAGCUAGACUUUUCAUCAGAUCCCUGGCCUAGUAUCUCUGACGGUGCCAAAGAUUUAGUAAGGAGAAUGCUUGUCCGCGACCCUAGAAAGCGGCUGACUGCACACGAAGUUUUGUGCCACCCCUGGGUGCAAGUUGAUGGUGUGGCUCCUGAUAAGGCUCUUGAUUCUGCAGUUCUAAGUCGCUUAAAGCAAUUUUCAGCUAUGAACAAGCUGAAGAAAAUGGCUCUUAUGGUUAUUGCUGAGAGCUUAUCUGAAGAAGAAAUAGCUGGCCUGAAAGAAAUGUUCAAGAUGAUAGACACUGACGGCAGUGGCCAAAUCACUUUUGAAGAACUUAAGGCUGGACUGAAAAAAUUUGGAGCUACUCUCAAGGAGUCAGAAAUUUAUGAUCUGAUGCAAGCAGCAGAUGUAGAUAAUAGCGGAACCAUUGAUUAUGGGGAAUUUGUUGCUGCAACAUUGCAUUUAAACAAAAUUGAGAGAGAAGAUCAUCUGUUUGCAGCUUUCUCCUACUUUGAUAAGGAUGGAAGUGGCUACAUUACUCAAGAUGAGCUUCAACUAGCUUGUGAGGAGUUUGGCAUAGAGGAUGUUCGCCUCGAAGAAAUGAUAAGAGAAGUCGAUCAGGAUAAUGAUGGACGCAUAGAUUACAACGAGUUUGUGGCUAUGAUGCAAAAAGGAAAUUUUGUUGGCCCGGCCAAGAAGGGCCUGCAAAGUAGCUUCAGUAUUAACUUCAGAUAAGCAUGGAAUUGAGUUUGAUAUAUAGGAAAGUGUUUUCAGCUUACUUUCUCAUUGUUUUGAGUCUUCAAGAUUGCAUAGAAAGGGACUUAACUACUCAUCCAAGUUGCAGCCAAGCAUUUCCAGUCAUGAUCUCUGAAUUUUAUUGAAUUCCAUAGUGAAAGGAUUUUGCAGCAGAAACAAAAGCCCUUUCUGUGUUGUAUACAGUGAGAAGGAAAGUUUUGAUGUACUAUUCUAUUGUAUUACUUUUAUUUUAUAUCAAUGAUCAGUAUAUCCAUACCUUAAAUACAGCUGCUCAAAGUAGGUGCGAGGGUUAUAUGGGUUGUACCCCUAAAUCUCCAUUUUUAGCUGGUUUUCAUGUAUAUGUUUUGUUUCGGAUGGAGAAGAUAGAAUGGCUGUUUUGCUGCGGAGUAGUUUUGAUGGCAAGCUCAUGUGCAAUGUGCUUACAGUAAAACUUUCUGCUGCCCUAGUUCGGUGAUGUAUUCUGCAAGACUAAAGGCGGUUACUAUUCUUGGGAUGGAGGAAGAUAGUUUACUUGAAAGAUUUAAGGCUGAAAUUGAUAUGCUGCCGGUUAUUGAUAUGGUGUCAUUUUGGGUACAGGCUCAUGA